UCUGAUCUCAUGGAAUACUUGGCGGAAUGACAAAGAGCUUUAUAAAAUGCUAUAUCACUUCCGUUCGGGGUGAUGAAAAACUUGGAAAUGGACGGUGCUAAUGGUUGCACAUGAUAAAAGUAAUUAAUGUCACCGAAUUACACCCAUAAAAAUUGUUGGAAUGGCAUUUUUUGUUGUUGUUGUUAUUUAUAUGUGCUGCUGUCUUGGGCGGUGGAAUUGAUGCCUACUCAUGGCGGCCCCAUGUGUUUCCGAGUACUACUGUUCCAUAGGGUUUCCUUGGCUGUAGGCUUUAUGGAAGCAUAUCGCCAGGUCUUUUUUGCCGUGGCACCGCUGGGUGGGCUCAAACCACCAGCUUUUCGGUUACCAGCCAAGCACAAACUGUGUGCGCCAUCCAGGGAUCUUUCGUUAUGUAUAUUCGUACUCACAACAAUAAAAAUAACAAUAAUACUAUACCAAUAUAUAGUAUGGGUAUUAUUUUUAUUGCAUUGUCAGUUCACUGAAGGCCAGCCACUGUCUUGCUUAGUCAUCGUAUUUGCAUACAGUUCAUUCAUUAAUUUAUUCAACUUUACACUAGAACGAAAGUUCCAAGAAGUCAGGGAUGUUUGUCCACACUGUUCUCUUUUGCAUUUCCGGUGCUUGCAACAGUUUUUGGUCCAUAGUAGACGCUUAAUAAUUAUUUGUUGAAUUAAAAAGAAAAACUUAAAAAAUUUACUGAGCAACUGCCAUGUAACAGACUAGUAGAUUCUCCACUAACUGCACGACAACGCUGCAAAAAAUAGAUAUCAACUGACAAUUAUUCAGCAAGGCGCCCCCUCAGUGAAGCUCAAGGGCGUGUAUCUUCUGUGUAUUAGGUACCAAAUCGCUAAGUCCUCAAGAUGGCUGGGACCUAAUUAGGGAUCCCGGUAAAGACGAAAGUGAAGGUCGCCUACACUUAAAGGCUGGGAAUUCCUCAAAGCUGGAGAUCGCCUAGCAACUAGACUGAGGAGGCGGGCUACACUGCGCACGCGUACACACAGCGGGGCUUUUGCGCACGCGUCAGCGGCUGCCUCGGGGCGGUCCUGGCCUGACGGUUGCUAGGGUGACAGGGAUACAACAUGGCGGCCGGACCCUAACGCUCUCUCUCCCGGAACCACCGCGGAGGUCUUAGUGCGCGACUCGGUCUCAGGGAAGUGAAAGGCAGGGGGCCACACUCCUGCCCCUUUCUUCUCCGUCCUGUGUUGGCAACAGGUGGCCACCGGCUUCCGCACCCAGGAUGAAGAGUGAUACGUGCAGAUGUUACAAAAUAAAGGACAAAAAGGUAUAAGAUCAAAAAGUGGUGCUAUGGAUUGAACUGUGUCCCCUGAAAAUAUGUGUUGUAAAUCCUAACCUCCAUGCCUGUGGUCAUAAUACCAUUGGGAAUGGGUUGUCUUUGUCAUGUUAGUGAGACAGGGUUAGUGUAGGGUGUUGGAAUGUAUUGAAUUGUGUUCCCUCUGAAAUACGUAUCAACUUGGUUAGGCCAUCUAUGGUUGUCCUCCAUUUUGUGAUUUUCCUAUGUGUUAUAAAUCAUAAUCUCUGCCUGUGGUUAAAAGAGGAUUAGGGUGGGAUGUAACACCCUUGCUCAGGUCACAUCCCUGAUCCAAUGUAAAGGGAGUUUCCCUGGGGUGUGGCCUGUACCACCUUUUAUCUUACAAGAGAUAAAAGGAAAGGGAAGCUGAGCAGAGAGUUGGGGACCUCACACCACAAAGAAAGAAGCACCCGGAGCAGAGUGCAUCCUUUGGACCUGGAGUUCCUGCGAGGAGAAGCUCCUAGUCCAGGGGAAGAUUGACAAGAAAGACCUUUGUCUAGAGCCAACAGAAAAAGAAAGCCUUCUCCUGGAGCUGACACCCUCAAUUUGGACUUCUAGCAUACUAGGUUGUGAGAAAAUAAAUUUCUCUUUGUUAAAGCCAUCCACUUGUGGUAUUUCUGUUAUAGCAGCACUAGAUAACUAAGAUGUGUUUUGAAUCAGUCUCUUUUGAGAUAUAAAAGAGAUUAAACAAUAAGCGAGGGAGCGGAGAUGGGGGAAGAGAGAUGCGAAGCUACAUGAAGAUCACCCAGGAGCAGAAGCUCAGAAGAAACAAGGACCUUUCUCCAGAGCUGACAGAGAAAGAUUUCCUCUAGAGCUGGCACCCCAAAUUAGGAUGUCUAAACCGCAAGAAAAUAAAUUUGUUCAUUAAUGUCACCCCUUUGCAGUAUAUCUGUUACGGCAGCACUAGAUAACUAAAACAGGUAGGUAUUCUCUAAUUGAUAGACUUCGUUUUUUUAGGGUAGUUUUCUAUUUACAGAAGAAUUGAGCAGAUAGUGCAUAGAGUUCCAUAUACACCGCCCCUCACCGCAGUUCCCUCUCUUGUUAACAUCUUGUGUUAGUAUGGUUCAUUUGUUACAAUUAAUGAUGAAUAUUGAUGCAUCAUUAUUAACUAAGAAUAUUGAACAUACCAUGGACUGCCAGGAAAAUGAAGAAACCUGUCUUGGGAGAAGUACAACUGGAAUACUCCUUAGAAGCAAAGACGGCAAGACUUCAUCUCACGUACUUUGGACAUGUUAUCAGGAGGGACCAGUCUCGGGAGGACGACAUCAUGCUUGGUAAAGUAGAGGGUCUCCAAAAGAGAGCAAGACCCUCAGUGAGAUGGAUUGACACAGUGGCUGCAACAGUGGGCUCAAGCAUAGCAGAGAUUUUGAGGAUGGCGCAGGACUGGGCCAUGUUCUGUUCUAUCGUACAUAGGGUCGCUAUGAGUCGGAACUGACCCGAUGGCACCUAACAGCAAUUAUUAACUGAAGUGCAUAGUUUACAUGAACCUUCACUGUUUGUAUUGUACAGUUUUGACAAAUACAUAAUGACAUGUAGCCACCAUUACCGGUUAACAGAAGAGUUUUGCCACUCUAAAAAUCCCGUGUUUCACCUGUUUACCUCUGCCUUCCUCCCCUCCAAUCCCUGGCAACCACUGAUCUUUUUACUGUCUCUGUAGUUUUGCGUUUUCCAGAAUGUCAUAUAGUUGGAAUCAUGCAAUACACAGCCCUUUCAGACUGGCUUCUUCAGUUAGCAAUGUGCAUUUAAGUUUUCUCCCUGUCUUUUCAUGGCUUGAUAGCUCAUUGCUUUUAUUUAUUUUUAUUGUGCUUUAAGGGAAAGUUUACAGAUCAAGUCAAUCUCUCAUACAAAAAUUUGUAUACACCUUACUGUGCACUCCUAGUUGCUCUCCCACAAUGAGACAGCGCACUCCUUCUCUCCACCCUGUAUUCCCUGUGUCCAGCUUCUGUCCCCCUCUGGCUUCUCAUCUCCCCUCCAGAUAGGAGCUGCCCACGUAGUCUCAUGUGUCUCCUUCAGGCAAGAAACUCACUCCUUACCAGUAUUAUAUUCUAUCUUACAGUCUAGUCCAAUCCCUGUCUGAAGAGUUGGCUUUGGGAAUGGUUCCAGUCUUGGGCUAACAGAAGGUCUGGGGAUCAUGACCUCCAGAGUCCUUCUAGUCUCAGUCAGACCAUUAAAUUUGGUCUGUUUACAGAAAUUUGAGGUCUGCAUCCCAUUGCUCUCCUGCUCCCUCAAGGAUUCUCUGUUGUGUUCCCUGUGAGGGCAGUCAUCGGUUGUAGCCAGGCACCCACUAGUUCUUCUGAUCUCAGGCUCAUGUAGUCUGUGAUUUACGUGGCUAUUUCUGUCUUUUGGGCUCGUAAUUACCUUGUGUCUUUGGUGUUCUUCAUUCUCCUUUGCUCCAGGUGGAUUGAGACCAACUGAUGCAUCUUAGAUGGCUGCUUGCUAGCAUUUAAGACCCCAGACGCCACUCACUAAAGUGGGAUGCAGAAUGUAUUCUUAAUAGAUUUUAUUAUGCCAAUUGACCUCAAUGUCCCCGGGUACUGUGGUCCCCAGACUCCCGCCCCUGCUACUCUGGCCUUCGAAGUGUUUGGUUUAUUCAGAAAACUUUUUGCUUUUGGUUUAGUCCAGUUGUGCUGACCUCUCCUGCAUUGUGUGUUGUCUUUCCCUUCACCUAAAAUAGUUCUUGUCUGCCAUCUAAUUAGUGAGCUCAUUGCUUUUAACAGCUAAAUAAUAUUCUGUGGAAUGGAUGUACCACAGUUUAUCUGUUAAAGGACAUCCUUGGUUGCUUUGGAAACCCUGGUGGCGUAGUGGUUAAGUUCUAUAGCUGCUAACCAAAAGGCUGGCAAUUCAAAUCCACCAGGUGUUCCUUGGAAACUCUAUUGGGCAGUUCUUCUCUGUCCUGUAGGGUCACUAUGAGUCGGAAUCAACUCGAUGGCAACGGGUUUGGUUUUUUGGCUUUGGUUGCUUUUAGUUUGUGAAGACAGUUUGUGUCUUCUCUCUUUUUUUCCUUGGGUAGCCUGGCUAGAAGUUUAUCAAUGUUAUCAGUCUUUUCAAAGAACCAGCUUUGAUUUCAUGAUUUUUAUCUGUUUUCCUGUUUGAUUGAUUUGUGCUCUCAUUUUUAUUAUUUCUUUUCUUCUGCUUGCUUUAGGUUUAUAUUUCCUAAGAUGGGAGGUUAGGGCAUUGAUUUUAGAUCUUUCUUUUUUUCUGAUACAUGCAUUCAAUGCUAUAAAUUUCCCUCUGAGCAUCACUUUUGCUGCAUCCUGAAAGUUUUGAUGUAUUUUGCUUCAUUUUCAUUUAGUUCAAACUAUUUUUUAAUUUCUCUUGAGACUUCUUUGGCCCUCUAAAAUCUUUUUCCUACUUACACAGGUAUGCAUGCUCAGUGUGGACUAUUCAAACAGUACAGAAAUGCUGAAGUGCUGAAGCUGACAGUGAGCUACCUCCCCGGUGCCAUCUGCCCCCAAGCACAUCGUCACCAGGGAGUGUUGCGGGCGUUUUCUGUGGUCUCGAUGUACGCCACCACACUGGUUUCCCCGUCAGUUGUGCCCUGCCUCGCCACAACCUUAUUUGUGUUGCUCAUUGCUGUUAUAUAGAGACCCAACUGAGUUUUCUGUGUUGAUCUAUCCAGUCCUCUACUGACUAUAAAACUAUUGGCAAAAUAGGAGAGGGAACGUUUUCUGAAGUUAUGAAGAUGCAGAGCCUGAGAGAUGGAAACUACUAUGCGUGUAAACAAAUGAAGCAGCACUUUGAAAGUAUUGAGCAAGUCAACAAUCUACGGGAAAUACAAGCACUGAGGCGCCUGAACCCACAUCCAAAUAUCCUUACGUUGCAUGAAGUUAUUUUUGACAGAAAAUCUGGUUCUCUUGCACUAAUCUGUGAACUUAUGGACAUGAAUAUUUAUGAGCUAAUACGAGGGAGAAGACAACCCUUAUCAGAAAAGACGAUUAGGCUCUACAUGUACCAGUUAUGCAAAUCCCUCGAUCACAUGCACAGAAAUGGAAUAUUUCACAGAGAUGUAAAACCAGAAAAUAUAUUAGUAAAGCAGGACGUCCUGAAGUUGGGGGACUUUGGGUCCUGCCGAAGCGUCUACUCCAAACAGCCGUACACGGAGUACAUCUCCACGUGCUGGUAUAGGUCCCCUGAGUGUCUGCUCACUGACGGCUACUACAGUUACAAGAUGGACGUGUGGAGCGCAGGCUGUGUGUUCUACGAGAUUGCCAGUCUGGAGCCUCUCUUUCCUGGAGCCAAUGAGCUGGACCAAAUCUCCAAGAUCCAUGAUAUUAUCGGCACGCCUGCUCAGAAGACACUCACCAAGUUCAAACAGUCGAGAGCUAUGAGUUUUGAUUUUCCUUUUAAAAAGGGAUCAGGGAUCUCUCUACUGACAACCCAUCUGUCCCCGCAAUGCCACUCGCUCCUGUGCGCCAUGGUGGCCUAUGACCCCGAUGAGAGGAUCAGUGCCCACCAGGCGCUGCAGCACCCCUACUUCCAGGAGCAGAGGGCAGCUGAGAAGCAGGCAUCGGCCAACUACAGACACACUCACCUCCCGGAUCACCUUGCUGCCCCAGGCCCCGCUGGCAACAACUGGCACACGGCCAAGGAGGGCCAGAAGCAGAAACAGUCCCUAAGGCAAGAGGAGGAGCACCCCCAGAGGCAAGGCGCCGCCUACCUCAUGGAGCUGCCCAAGCUCAAGCUCCCGAGUGUCACGAAGCUGUCCUCCUACUCCAGCCCGUCACUGCCGUCCAUCUUUGCCCGUGGAACCCACGGGAAGGUGCCAGUGCUGCAGCCGCUUAAGUGUGGUGGUGCCAGCAAGAAGGUACCGCUGCUCAUCGGCCCUCUAGGCUCCGGGCCUGCCUGCCCUCGGCCUUGGCUGAGCGUCUGUAAUUUCUCUUUGACAGACAGAGACGCAAGACAUGAAGCCUAACCUGAAGCAGUACCGUCUGCCCACGAUAGAGAGGCGAGGGGGAGGAUGCUGAGCAUGCCCUCCCGCUUCUCAGAGAGCGAACGAACGAAACCGGACACUUCGGGCAGAGAGCCAUCGGCUCUGCUUCUGAGAGAGAUGCGGGCAGAGGCCAGGCCUCCUCCCUGCCAGCCUGGAGGCCCAGCAGACACUCGGCCAGCCAGCCCUGAGCGAGUCUGUGCCGUGUCCUGCAUCCCAAGAGCAGCGCCCUGCCUCUCCCGGCCUAAUACACGUGUGAAACCACCCAUCCCAGGGCUGUGCCUGUAACUUUUACAUGAAUCAAAACAGAUGAGCCAGAACAGGUGGGCUUGGUUUAAACGUGGCACCGGGUCACGCCUUCAGCAGGUUCCUGGUAGUGUUGUAGUGAGCUGAAAGCACUUUCUCUCAUGUCUGCAGAUGGCGCCAUUGCAGGCACCUGAUGUUCAUUAAAGCCUAAGCCACCAUAAGUACUUACUGUUCUCUGAGUUGAACACACAUCCUUGCUACCCAUUCCCUUCUCUCAGGCCUCUGCUCGUGUGUUAGCGGAACUGGCGGUGUUACUGGGAAGCCUCUGGUGCAGAUCAGAUUUGUCUCAUUUGAACGCUCAUUAAGGAAUAAACACAGGCUUUUCCUUGGAGUCGUCUUUGCUCCCCAGUUGGCCGGUGAGAUGGAAGAGGUGGACGCCACUAGCGCAGCUGGGCCAGGCGUCACGUGGCAGCACCGGGCUCCUGCCUUUCCCCACGAG